AUGGAUCAAUGCCCAGCGCAUCCAAAAGAUCUUCCGUCUCUCAACAAUAUAAAGGUUACGUUUUUUCCUGCCAAUUGCACAAGUAAACUUCAACCCAUGGACCUGAGCAUCAUUCAUUGCGUGAAAGUGCAUUACAAGAAAAAUUUAGUCCGGCGUCUUCUUGCUGCAGUAGAAAUGAAACGUUCAGUAAAAGAACAUCUGAGGACGAUCACUGUACUGGAUGCUAUUCACAUUGUAUGCUUGUCAUGGGCAAGCAUUAAUGAAACUUGUAUCAAAAACUGUUUUAAGAAAGCAGGAUUUUUGUUCCCAGAAGGAAGGGAAUGCGAAGACGAUAAAGAAGCUCAAAGCAAGGCAGAGGUAAGCAAAGACGAUUGGAAUGCAGUAUCUGGCGGGCAGGCUUUGUGCACUUUCUCCGAGUUCGUGGAUGUCGACGAAACUUUGAUUACUACUGAGAUGCGGGAUAUCCGUGAUAUUUCAGCGGAAAUUGCCGACAACCAAGACAAAGAUGUGGUAGACAAUGAAGAAGAAGAUGCAGCAAAACUGUUGGGAGACGCAUGA